GACGCCGCGGUUUGGCAGCGCGCUCGAGCCGCCCCGCAAGCGCCGCCGCCUCCUCCGGAGAGGGGCGCACGCACGGCCCCGACAGACGGGCUGCGCGGCCAGUGCUCGCCCGGCCAGCUCGUGGAGUCGCACGCCCCUCGUGGGGGUCCCGUCUCGGAUGCAGCAGGGCGGCCGGGGAGCGGCGCGCCGUCGGGGGUCCUGCUCGCCCGGCGCUUUCCUCCCGCGGCGCUCGGCCCGUGAGCCCGCGGCCCCCUGCCGGCGCCGCCGCCACCGCCGCUGCAGCAGCACGGUCGCCCUGGCCGCCGGCUCUUCCAUGCGGGUGCCCGUCCUGGGCCGGCCAUGAGCCAGACGGAGCUGUCCACCUGCGCGGCGCCUGCCCCGCCGAGCCAGCGCGUCUUCCAGGAGGCGGUGCGCAAAGGCAACACGCAGGAGCUGCAGUCGCUGCUGCAGAACAUGACCAACUGCGAGUUCAACGUCAACUCCUUCGGGCCCGAGGGCCAGACGGCGCUGCACCAGUCGGUCAUCGACGGUAACCUGGAGCUGGUCAAGCUGCUGGUCAAGUUCGGCGCCGACAUUCGGCUGGCCAACCGCGACGGCUGGAGCGCCCUCCACAUCGCCGCCUUCGGAGGCCAUCAGGACAUCGUCCUCUACUUGAUCACCAAGGCCAAAUACUCAUCGGGCAGCCGGUGAUGCCCGCCCGCCGGGCGAGGGAUGGUGCGGAGGGGUCUGCGGAACUCCAGAAGACGGGGCCGGGGAGCCCAUCUAGUCGUGCCCUCGAAGCACUUCGGCCGCCGAAGAACCUGGAACGGCUUGGCUGGGCGCGAUUCGCACUCGAGGCGUCUCGGCUCUGCCUUCCCAGCGGCGGACAGAAUAUGCGCCGCGACUCUUGGCUUCGGCUCUCCCGCCGCGGGCCUCCCUGGCUGGGCGGGGGGGCUGAGUUCUUUGGGCGUCUCCAUGCAAGAAGGCAGGGGUCCGAGGCGAAGACCCCGGGUGUGGGGGCUGUUGGCUGGAGGCAGCCGCGGGGGGGGGGGGGAGUUGGAGGGUCGCUUGCAAGAUCCAAUCCGGUCGGUCCAAUUCCAGCACAAAAAAGACAUGAGAGGCGCAGGUUUUGUGGGCAUCAACCAACAGGAGUCGGAGGGUGGGGGGGAAGAAAGCGAGGGGCCGCCCCCCUGGCACCAGCCCACAUUCCCCCCCCCCUCCGCUUCCCCCUUGCUCCAGGACUCCUAGGCUGCAGCUGGACGCCCCUUCCCCCAUCGUCGAUGCCUUAAUGUUGCAGAGGGUUGGUUCUUAAAGGAAAUUUCAAAGCUGCUUGGAAUCGUUUAUUUUUAAUUUUUAUUUUUUUGCAAAAGAGAUGUGGGGACUCGCAAAGAUCUCUUGGGGAACGUUUACUUGCUUUUGGGGGAGGGGAAGGUUUUCCUGUCUCGUGAGGUUUUGUUCUACUGUAAAAAAGAAAAAAAACAGUCCUCCCUCCUUUGUUUUUUUGUUUUAUUUCCAUCUACCUCGAUUGUUCUGCAGUAUUUGCUUUGUUUUGGUCGAGGAACUGGUCAGGUGCUUUAAGACAUGUUCCUGCACACACACACACACACACAGAGUGUUUUUUUUAAUCUUGAUUUCCCCCCACCCCCCAAAUGGCCUGGCUCCCCAAUCUCAGUGUUGACUACUUAACACUCCUCUGUCCAGCAGAAUGACUGACAUCUGUUUGACUUUUCCCCCCAGGGGGGGUGGGUGGAAAACCUUCCCAAUACUUUCUCACAGUGUGUAUCAAUAAUUCUUGAAUUUUGGCUGGCUUCUGGACUGGGUGGGUGGGUGAUUUCCCCCUCCACCCAGUUGUACUUAAUUGUUGGUCUCUUGUCAGAUCACCUUAAGAUUUCAAGAAUUUCAUUUUUAAAAAAUAGUGAAUUUUGGCAAGGCUCUUUCAAAAGGGGGGGGGGAAGAGUCAGGAAAUCUAAAUAAGAUGAAAGAACACAAAUGCCCCCUGCUGUCCAGAAGAAAAACCUCAAGGGAGAAAACAAAAACUACUGAAAGAUCUAGAAUUUAACUUUUUUAAUGCACAAUCCAGCUUCCAGACCAUUCUACAGAGUGAAAGAGGAAGAAGAAAAAGAGGAAACUUGGUUUAAGUGACUGGCCUGUGUUAAUUUCGAUGCUGCUUUGAUUCUGGUGUGGCGCACGCACACAGACAACCCCACGAACGCAGAGGCAUUUGACCGCCUUCUUGCAGUGGCUCUCCCACUGGAAUUUGUUUCUGCAGUUGGUGUCUCUGACUUCCAUUUUUUUGUAUGCACUAAAGAUAUAUAUAUAUUAUAUAUAUAUAUUUUACCACUGCCAUAUGUCCUGCAUUCCCCCCUCCUCUGCCAUUUGCCCCACCUUAAAUAGCCAUUAAACCUUUGAAAAGAACAGUGGCCCUCUGAGUUCGGGUUGUGUGUUUUUUAACUAUUUAUCUUGUACGUGUGUGCGCGAAUGUGUAAAUAUAUAUUUGUGAACAUGGUGGUUUUUUUGUCUGAGAGGAUUCUUGAGUGGUUUGGAAAUGCAGUCGGGAGGAUCUGAAUUAUGCAUUUUUAACUAAAAUUGUAAUUUCUACGAUUAAAAAAUAUUUCCCGUUGCACUGAUCUUUCCCCCUGCUGUUUCACUUGCAACACCCCCCUGUCAUAUCUGAGAUCCUGCUUGUUUUUCCAUCAUUUCCUUGUUUUGUUUAAUGUUGUCAACUUUACAAUGUGUCGUGUGCGCUUCUGCAAGGCUUCUUUUGAUGACUCUGUAGUGUGAUCUCGAGCACUUGUGGAGAGUGCGUCUGUAUUUUAGCAUCUUAGGCAGGGGAGAAAUAAUCUUUUUUCUGGUUCCUUAUGAUAGUUGCACAUAAUUUUUUUUUUUACUAUUAAAUGGAUUUGCCACAAAUGUCAUAACAUUUAUGACAUAUUUUUUUAAAAGAUAGUUCUUAGAAAUCCAAGAUCUGAGGAUAGGUCCUUGGCAAAAGAUCUUGGUUCGAAAACCCAAUUUUCGAAAAGAAGCUCCCCCAGGAGUGUUUUGUAAAGAUGUUAACACAUAUUUAUAUUUUUAUAAAGAAAAAAAAAUAUGAAAACUGUGAAACCUUUGGGGUGAAAGGAAAUAGAGAAUAAUAAUUGUUUGCUUUUUCUGUGAGAAAAGGGCUCCCCUACCCUGGCUGUUUGGAGUUUUUAAUGCCCCUCCAUGAUAAUUGGGUGGGGAAUUCACAGCUGAGAAAGGGAGUCUUGCUCGGAAACUGGGCAAGUCUGGUGGUUUUUUGGUUUGGUUUUUUGCCUUAAUUGAUCCCCACGCCUUCCCAAGCUGCUGCCUUACAUAAUAUGAUCUUGGGUAUAUUUACUUGUGUGCAAAACCCACUCAAUUCAGUGGCACUGCUCAUUAGUAAGUGUGCUUAGGUUGGCAGCCUUAGCCCAUAAGGUUUAUAUUUUUCUAUGCAACUCCACAAGACCUCCGUAGGUGGCUGGAUGCUCCAUUUGCUCUCCCCCCACCCCAUCUUGAGAAAAGAAAUUAGGUUUCACUCUUUAAUUGUUUGGCUUGGGGUACUGCUGUGACCGGUCAGAGUGCCUCUGAGUGACACAGAAGGUGUCUUCUGUCUUUCCCCUUUGCCCGACAGGUCUGUGUUCAGCAGUUCCUUGAAAGAGUAUUUUUCUCCAAGAAUAUAUUUGAUGUCAUUGAAAUAAGCAGACAUUGGAAGCUGGUUUAUGGAUUGCUCCAGAGGAGUCUCUCUGUAGAUGAUUCCCUCCCCCAUCCUUCCUUCUAGAUGGCAAAUACGUUUUUUAAUUAUGUUAAUUAAUUUGUUAAGAAUGUUAGGCUUAUAUUGAAGCUGUAUGUGGGUCACUGUAUGAUCACUUUUUAACUGGAUAAAGUCUGUACAGAUGGCAUUCUUCCUGAGUAUAUGAUAGCAUUGCGUAGCCCCAAGGUGAGAAAUUUAUAAAUAAAUUUUUCAUUGAUCUUUUUAUAUUAAAAAA